CGGUGCACUGAGCGACCAGUCGGCAAUGCCAGCAGCUGACGACUGCAGCGGCGAGGCACGUCCUCCGCCAGGCGACGGACGCGUGCCACCCCUCAAGCUGCCGACCGAUGUACUCCACGUCACCCCAGAGACAAAGACCGCGCUGCCGGAGGGGGCCUAUAGACCUGCUGUCAGACGACAGCUGUCACUGGAGACGGAGCUGCUGGAGUUACUGCACGACUUCAGGAACAACAAGUACACUCUGUCGGAAAUAAACGCUAUCGCCCUAUCGUGGACCACCCGCAAAGACUUCAAGGAGGCUAUCCGACAGGACAACGAGCGGAGGAUGCGGGAACGCAACAAACACCAAAAGCAGGACUAUUUGGGACUGUUCAGCAAGCUCUUCAACAUCAUGACCCCAUCCAAACGUAAAACCAAACAGGGUUGCCCAACCUCAGCGACAUACCAGGAGCACAAGGUCAAGAAAUGCUACAGGCAAUACUGCCCGAUGCCUAGAAAAGCAACCUUCCAGUCAUACCAUCAGCAUCUUGCCAAGAACCCACCCCCGGAGCCAAGAGGCGUUCCACUCACGCCCAAGACGCUGGCCUCCGCCGACGCUGACGCCACGACCACCACUCUCCGCUUCGUCUCCGCUGCCUCAGCCACUGCCACUGCCACCGUCGUCGCCCACACCGCCGAAACCGCCCCGUCGCCGACUCACUCGGCCGACUUGGAGAGCAUGGUCCUGAACACGCCCCCAAUCCUGGUGCCGCCGCUGGUGUCAGGCAGGCCCGACUGGGGCUGGAAAAGGGACGGAGCUCCGGCCGCUCGGCGAUCGCCGCCGCCGCUGCCGGUGCGGCGGCCUAUCAAGCGGCCGUAA